UGUAAGCAAAGGCUGUCAUUCAUUAUUAUAAUCCAGCACCAUCCGUUCUUGGUAGCUAUAUGCCAAAGUAUAUCCUGACUCACUCCAACUGCCUAACAAACUAGAGUUUGAUCAUCUUGUCUCCUUUGCGUCCCCAUGUCAAGUUGUUCAUCUCCACACACAUCCCCUUGGUCCUUCCCAAAGCUCUCUCAUCCAUCUCCACUACCAUGACCAAACAAACAACCACCAUCAAUGACUACAGCAUCAACAACACUACUACUACUACUACUACUACUACUACACCUUCUCAUGUUGUUCUAGUUCCAUUAAUGGCACAAGGACACAUAAUCCCCAUGCUUGACAUGGCACGGUUACUGGCCGAGCGCGGCGUGCUCGUCACCUUCAUCACAACUCCAGUGAACGCGUCGCGCAUCAAACCGAUCAUAGUCCGAGUGCACGAGUCCAACCUCCCUAUAAACUUUAUCGAGCUCCCUUUUCCCUGCGCCGAAGCUGGCCUCCCCCUCGGCUGUGAAAACUUAGACCUUGUCCCUUCCAAAGACCUUCAGUUGAAUUUCUUGCAAGCUAUCCAACUCCUUGCCCUUCCGUUCGAACAACGCCUCAAAAAUCUUGUCCCCCGUCCGACCUGCAUGAUCAACGACAUGUGGAACCCGUGGGCAGCAAACGUCGCACGUUCACUCAACAUUCGUCGCCUUGUCUUUCAUGGCCCUUCUUGUGCUUUUAUCUAUUGUAGUUAUGUUUUUCAGCUGCAUAAGAUUUAUGAGACUGUUACUGAUGAGUUUGAGGAAAUUACUGUGCCUGGUUUGACUGAUGUUUUUGGUCAGAGUUUUAAGGUUUGUAGAACGCAUGCACCAGGUUGGUCAAACGCGCCGGGUUUUGAGAAGUUACGUGAGAAGGUUUUGCAGGGAGAGGAGACUGCUGAUGGGGUGGUCAUGAACACUUUUGAUGAUGUUGAACCUAUGUUUGUGGAGGCUUAUAAGGUGGUGGUUGGAAAGGAUGUUUGGACUGUUGGGCCAUUGUGUUUAUAUGAUAAGGUUGAUGAUUUGAGUGCCAGGAUUGUGAGAGGGAACAAGACUGCAGUGGAUCAAGAGAAGUUGUUAUGUUGGCUUGAUUCUAUGGAGGAAAAUUCUGUGCUUUAUGUCAGUUUUGGGAGUUUGACACAAAUGAACGUGGGACAGAUAUUGGAGAUUGGCUCAGGACUUGAGGCUUCUGAAUUUCCUUUCAUUUGGGUUAUUAAGGAUGUUGAGAAGUGUCCCAAGGUUGAGAAGUGGUUGGAAGGGUUUGAGAAGAGGAUGAGUUUGAGGAGUUUUGUUAUCAAGGGAUGGGCCCCACAAACUGUGAUACUCUCACAUAAGUCUGUUGGUGGUUUUGUUAGUCACUGUGGAUGGAACUCAACGUUGGAGGCAUUAUCAAAUGGUGUGCCAAUGAUUGCUUGGCCGCAGUUUGCAGACCAGUUCUUGAAUGGGAGGUUGGUUGUGGAGUUGUUGAGGAUUGGGAUUGCUAUUGGUGUGAAGAAGCCAGUGUUUUAUUAUGAUGAGGAUGAGAUUAGGGUAAGGAGGGAUGAUGUGGAGAGGGCUGUGAGGAGUUUGAUGGGUGAUGGAGAGGAGGCUGAGGAGAGGAGGAUAAGAGCUAGAGAGAUUAAGGAGAAGGCUAUUAAGGCUAUGGAAGAAGGUGGUUCUUCUUAUGAGAACAUAACCAAGCUCGUUGAGUACAUCAAGCAUUAUUAACCUUGCGAGGGUGUACAAGAAACUAAAGCUUAAUAAAUUUGUAAUUCUGAUUUUGUAUCCCAGAACUUUGUAUUUCUGUUUUUUCAGUAAUACGUUUUAUG